AUGACAUUGGCAGAGGAAUUCCGCUCGAGAAACUUCAGUAUCUACGGACAAUGGACGGGUGUGCUGUGCAUCAUCCUCUGCGUUGCUCUCGGAAUCGCAAACAUCUUCUCUUUCGCUGUUUUGCGCAUCAUCUUCAGCGUACUAUGCCUGUAUGCCAGUUCUACUAGCAACGCUCUGGACAGUGGAGCUGACGAUCAUAGUGUCUCGGGAUUGAUCCUCAUCUUCAUUGAAGUUCCUUUCUUGCUGAGAAUCUGCCCUACCUCCUCCAAGUUCGAUGCGUUCAUUCGGCGCUUCACCACCAACUGGAUGCGCGCUGCGAUGUACGCCAUCAUGAGUGUCGUUCAAUGGCUUAGUCUUCUCCCCGGCUCCGGUGCAUCCAGUUUGAUCGUCGCAGCAGUCUUCUUACUGAUCGCCUCCAUAUUCUAUGCUUUGGCCGGCCUAAAAAGUCAGGAAUUCGUGGGCAGCAAGACUCUUGGUGGGCAGGGACUUGUCCAGAUGAUCGUUUGA